AUGCGCAAAAACUAUAUUGUGGGCAUUACCAGCAACGAUCAGGGCUCUCAUACAAAGUACACGAUAGUACCGAAAGAUUACAAGCGAAAAUGUUUGCUUAACUUGAUGGUUUUCGCUGCAGUUAACGCCUUCGCAUUCUAUUACAUUGAAAUGCGUUUGAACUUGGUCGUCAAAAAGAAAAUCGCAAUCAAAGUAGUGUUUGGCUUGUUAGCGCUAGUUCUGAUAAGAAAUCCAACUGUCGAGACCUUGUACGUCUAUAGAAGAGCCGGUUUUCAAAUUGCCACGAUGCAGGGAUGCGUACUGUUGCCGCGUUCCCUGAACGACCGGUGGCUUGAACAAUCUUACUUCAUUCCUCAAGACAGAGUUGUAGAUCUUAUAAUUAAUGAGGGCUUUGUCAAGGGAUUCCAGGUGAUUUUCUAUCUGGCAGUGAUUCUCAAAGAUGCUACCCACCUACGAUUGGUGUUUCCUGUAUGUUAA